AAUAAAAGGCUCUGCUGGACGGUGAGAUCUACACUUCGACGAGACAGCUCCAAGACGAUCUCCAUAGAGGCCUUCUUUCUCCAUCGGAAAAAAGUGUAAAAUUGUUUCUUGCGCAGAGAUCCAAGCCAUGUGGCCCUUGAAGUUUGCGGUGCUGCUUCUGGUCGCGGGUUUGACCUUGGCCAACUCCGAUGAAGGAUGGAAGAACGCCAAGUCGAUCUACGAGUUUUCAGCCCUCGACAUCGACGGCAACAAAGUUGACUUCAACAAGUACAGGGGUCACGUGACGCUGAUCGUUAAUGUGGCCUGCAAGUGCCUCCUGACGCAGAAACACUACAAGAAACUGAGUGCGCUCUACCACAAGUACUCGGAAUCCAAGGGCUUGCGCAUCAUGGCUUUCCCCACCAACGACUUUGCCAAGCAGGAACCCUGGGCCGAACCCGAGAUCAAGGAGUUCGUGAAGCAGUUCGACGUGACCUUCGACAUGUUCAGCAAGAUCAGCGUGAAUGGGGACAACGCGCACCCGCUCUGGAAGUACCUGAAGGAGAAGCAGCCGGGCUUCCUCUUCAACGCCAUCAAAUGGAACUUCACCAAGUUUCUGGUGGACAAGAACGGACAGCCCGUGAAGCGUUAUGCGCCCACCGACUCGUUCGAAAAAAUCGAAGCAGACCUUCUCAAGUACUUUUAGAAGAAUGAAGAAGCAAGCCUUAUCUGCAACAGCUGGACACUUUCGGAAUAAAUAAAAUAAAAUGUUAGUAGAUUGUAAGGAUA